UCUCCUUCCCUCCCUUCCCUUCCCUUCCCGCCGCCGCCAUGGCGGCCUUGCCCCGCCACCGCCGCUUCCUCGGCGGCUUCGUCUGCGGGGCCGCGGCCGGGGCUGCUGCGUCCUGCUGGGCUACAUGGCGGCUCCUCCGCAGCCAGAGCCAGCCGGAGCCGGGCCCCGGGCGGGCGCCAGCGCAGGAACCAGUAGAAGAGGCUCUGCUGGAAAGAUAUGGAUUUCCUGAGGCUGGAACAGAGACCAGAUGUUACACAAAUCAUGCACUGUCUUAUGACCAGGCAAAACGGGUGCCUAGAUGGGUGAUUGAACACAUUUCCAAACAAAAGAUGCUGGGUGAUGCAGAUCGAAGGCACUGUAAAUUCAGACCAGACCCAAACAUCCCUCUGAUGUUCAGUGCUGUCAAUGAGGACUACCUUGGCAGUGGAUGGUCACGGGGACACAUGGCACCAGCAGGAGAUAACAAAUUUUCAACAAGAGCUAUGGCUGAAACGUUUUAUCUGUCUAACAUUGUGCCUCAGAAUUAUGAAAAUAAUGCUGGCUUUUGGAACAGAAUGGAAAUGUACUGUCGGGAAUUGACUGAGAGAUUUGAAGAUGUUUGGGUUGUUUCUGGACCUCUAACCUUACCUCAAACAGAUGGUGAUGGAAAGAAGAGUGUUACUUACCAGGUGAUUGGAAAGGAUGAUGUGGCUGUCCCAUCCCACCUGUACAAGGUGAUCUUGGCCAGGAGGAGCAGAACAUCCUCAGAGCCCCUGGUGCUGGGCGCUUUCGUGGUGCCAAACGAUCCCAUCGGCUUCAGCCACCAGCUCACUGACUUCCAAGUCAGCAUUGAAGACCUGGAAAAAAAGUCAGGUUUAGUUUUCUUCCCUCAGGUGGACAAGACCAAAGAUGUUAAAAAUAUCUGUGAGGUGGAUACCUGCAAACUGAUGGGCUUCAAGGAGUUCACUCUGUACAUCACUGCCCGCAAAGUGCAGAGCGCCCGCACGCUGCGCCGGCUGGAGAAAGCCAUGGCAGAGCUGCAGGAGGCAGGAAUUGAGCCUGAUGAGUAUCUCCUCAAGCUUUACAAGAAGAAGGAGGAAGAAUUACUGCAGGAAAAACCAGUAGCAGCUAGAGAGGGGAGAGCUGGCUGAGUAUUCAGGAAGUUAUUUGGGUUUUUGGAAAGGGGAGCUGAAGGCAGACACAAAGACAAGGACUCCUUGAAUUAUCCUUUUUUGAGUUGUGAGAGCAAUAAAGAAAUAUUUGAAAGCUGA